UGAUCGCGUUUUCUAGGUCGCUUUAGUUCUAAGUCUCGGAUCAUUAUGAAAUGUUGCUACUUCUUUCUGUGGGAUUAGUGCUGGGCUUCUGUAGUGCGCAUCUGCUGAAAAUUGCAGCUGACGAUGAAUGUCGAGUGCAGUUCGGAGAAGAGGGCGAAGGAUUCGGGUCGCUUAAGCGUACUUUCAAUGGAACACAGUAUUGUGAGUUUUUGGGCAUCCGUUAUGCGGAGCCGCCAGUUGGGAAGCUGAGAUUUGAGAAUCCGGUGCCGAGGUACCCGUCGGGAGUUCAAAAUUAUUCGAAAUUAGGUCCUAUCUGCCCACAGUUGGAUGACUUGAACUAUGCAACGGCUGUUUUGGGCGAUGAGGAUUGUUUGUUUUUGGACAUUUAUCGUCCAAUGGGGAGUUUGACGUCCAAUCUGCCGGUGCUGGUAUUCAUUCAUGGAGGAAGUUUUGCUGUUGGUUCUACCACAAGUGAUUUCUACGGAGUGGAUCUCAUAAUGGAUCAGGAAGUAAUCGUAGUAAGCGCUCAGUACCGUUUGGAUCCCUUGGGAUUUCUACUCUCGAACAGCUUCAACAUCAGUGGAAAUUUUGGACUUAAAGAUCAGCGAACUGCAUUGCAGUGGGUUCAACAACACAUUAGAUGCUUUGGUGGAGAUCCGUCGAGAGUAACGCUGAUGGGCCACAGUGCUGGAGCAGCCUCGGUGACCUAUCACCUGUAUUCGAGUAGCUCAAGUGGUCUUUUCCAGCAAGCAUUCGUUCUUGGAGGAUCUAUGCUGGCUCCUUGGGCAUUCCUGUACGAUGCAGAUAGCUAUUCCAGUCGUUACUUUCAAGACUUGAAUCUUACGACUAUUGAACAACUCAAAAGCGUUGAUUUCAAAACAUUCUGGGACAAAGAUAUUGUGUACAAAUUUGCUACUGUGAGCUACGGGUUUUGUGUACCCAGUGCAGAACUUGAAUCUCCAGAUGCAUUCAUAACUCAAUCACCUCAGGAACUCAUUCGCAAGAAACCUGUAAACACUGUUCCAUUAUUGUUCGGUCAAUCGUCUGAAGAGUUUGAGUUGUUCUUAAGCUACGUGCACAGCUACUGGAUGGGCGAAAACUUCCCAAACAUCCAAAAUGAAACACUCAAGCAAUACAUCGGAUCACUAGUAGACAGAGCUGCUGAAAUGGCGGAGAGAAGUGGCAUCGAAAUCAACAGAGAUAUAUUCUACCUGGAGUUGGCAAAUACGGCAAACUGGUUCUUCCCCAACAAAUUUUUGAUCACUGAAUAUUCCAAAUGGCUUCCGGAAUCGACUUACUAUUUCCGGUUCCAGUUCGAUGGAAAAUUUGGGCGCUUCAAGCAAGAAUUUCACGACAAACUCUCCGGUGUCAAACAUUACGGCGCAAUCCACGGCGAUGAACUAGGCUACAUUUUUACCCCUUAUAACAUCGCUGAUGCUUUGACCAAUCGAAGUGCCUUCCAUGAUGAGUUGAGAGUACACGAGAAAACUGUUGAGUUGGUUACUAAUUUCGUAAAAUUUGGUAAUCCCAAUCAACCGAAUACGGUUCCAACUUGGCCGGCCUACAAUGGAGCUGAUUCCAAUCCACAGUAUUUGAAUAUCGACCGGGAGUUUGAGGUGCAGUCAGAUCGGCAAAACUUGUAUCACGCCUUUUGGCAGAUCAUCUAUAGAUGUUUGUAUUACUACAAUUGUGAAGGUAUCGUCAACUUGCUUCAGGUUGUUGGCAGAAUGAGUAAAUAAGGAAAAAAUAUCUACUUACUGUUCGAAUCAAU